UAAAUUAAAAGGAUUUAAAACAUGAGAUGAAUUCUGUUUGACAGUUAGCCUUCUAACUAUAGGCCUAGGCUACUUAAAAAAGUAGGCCUAUAACUAUGGAUCCGAAAAAUAAAACAAAAUGUGGAAUUCAGGAACUAAAGAUUGUACAUCUGCUAUAGCGCCCGUUGUUCUCUGUGGAUGGUGGCUACAAAGGAGGCAGGCAGCGGCGCACAAGUCCCGCCUGUAUUUCCCUCUGGAGGAGUCUCAGUAUCGGCGCUCCCGACUGGGGAUUGGAGCGGCGGCUUGUCAGUAAAUGAGCCCACCCUUCACACAGUGUGUAUGAGGGAAACCGAACCAGACAGUGACGGAUCUGGUCCUACAGUCAUCAGCUGCCUGUCACACCAGCACGCCACAGUACCGACCCGGAGCCUUCCGCCGCUGUGACACCUGGCGGGGAUGGAGGGAGAGAUGCAGCCCGCAGAUGAAGGGCCCUGCGCCCCGAAGAUGUGCCGACAACAACGGGGUCCGUACAGCACCCUAAAAACCUUCCAGAGCAAACGCUCGGCGGGCAAGUCGCGCUUUGACAGGUCCGCUGUGGUCGAGGUGCCUCUCUUUGGCGACGGACAUCACUUCACUUUCCAUCCCGAGCAGCAGCAUCAUUUCCAGCCGCACCAUCAUCACCACCACCACCACCACCAGCAGCGUCUGCAGCAGCUCCACCAAACCAGCGUCGCUAUCAGCAGCAGCAGCAGCAGCCAACAGCAUCACCCGACGCUUCAGCAGCAGGGUCGUUUCCCAUGUGAGAACAGGCCCAGCAGCAGGGUCCCGACAUCCACCUCAGCGGCGGCGGCAGCAUCUCCUGGUACCCAGCAGCAGCGCGCCAGCAGCGGCAGAGCGGAGCCCAGAUUGUCUCCAGACUGCACUUAUGGUAUCAGCUCAGAGAAUCGUCUCAUCCUGGAUGCCUUUGCCCAGCAGUGUAGCCGAGUCCUCAGCCUCCUCAACAACGGCCGCCUCCUGGAGCCCUCCUCCUCCUUCACCUCCAACAUCAAGCUGGAGGAGGGGCCAGGGGCGGUACAGGGGCCUCACUGCUCCUCACUGGGGAAGACCAAACCUGAAGAGAGCUCUUCCACCACAGACCCAGAAGAGGAGACCCAACAAAGCCAUUUGAACCAACAACAGACCUCUGCCGUUCUUCGCAUCUUCACAGACUCCCUUCAGAACUAUCUGCUCUCAGGGCCGCCGCCACAGCAGCAGCAGCAGCAGCAGCAGCAACAUCUGGCUGCCGGUCUGGAGGAUGAGCAGUGUCCGUUGGCGGAGCCCGGCUCAGGGUUGUCUCCUCCAAGACAUAAUCUGGGAGGCUGGGGCUCACCGACUCCGUCAGAGUCGUACGGCCACCCUUCGUCCACGCUGCCUGAGGAGGAAGAGGAGGAGGAGAGCUGCUGUCCACGCUGCCUGGAGUUGGAGCAGGAGGUGCUGUCGCUGCAGCAGGAGAACGAGGAGCUUCGCAACAAGCUGGAGAAUAUCCCAGUUCCCUGUCAAAAGGCUCUCGACUACUUCAAGACUGUUCUUGAGUUCCACAACCAGCUGGUCCAGCCGAUGCCAGAGGAGCAGCUCACCGAGGAAGAAGAGCAGCAAACAGUCUUUGAGGGCAGUAAGCAGCUCCUGGAGAACUACCCUCUCUUCAUCUCUAAUAAGCAGUGGGACGAAGCCGUCAACUCCUCUAAGAAAGAUGGCAGGCGGCUGCUGCGCUACCUGAUUCGCUUUGUCUUCACCACGGACGAGCUCAAGUUCUCCUGCGGUUUGGGCAAAAGGAAGCGUUCGGUCCACUCAGGAGAUCCAGGCCUGGAGAGACGACCACUCAACCCCGUCAAAGUCAGCUGCCUCAGAGAAUUCAUCCGGAUGCACUGUGCCUCAAACCCGGACUGGUGGAUGCCCUCAGAGGAGCAGAUCAACAAAGUGUUCAGCGAUGCCGUCGGUCACGCUCGUCAGGGCCGAGCGGUCGGUACGUUCCUGGGCAGCAGCGGAAGCAGCACCAGCAGCCUCUAUAUGGACGGCUUUGAUGGACAUCUGUCACAGGACGAACUGUAUUUGAAAGGCUGCCAGAACGGCCAAUCGGACUGAAGUUAGAGGAGAAAUUAAAGACAAAUGCCGGAAAUGUAGCUGUACAACAACAUAUCCCAAAACACUGACCUGAACCUGUCACUUUACACAGUGAAGAAAACAUUCCAGAAGAAGUUUAUCAUACAGAAUAUAACUCCAGUCUUGCUGAAGCAGUUUGAAUAGUUUGUAGCUGUUUUGCCAUUUUUAUACCUACAAUUUUUUUGUUUGUUUGUUUUAGUCAAUAUUUGACUCUUCAGUAAAAUUUCAGUCUUCCACUUGCUACUUUUUUCUAUGGUUUGCUGUUUUGAGCAGCUGUGUCACUAUCAAUGGAAUUGUUUUUGUUUUGUGUUUUUGGGUUGGAGUCCCAUUUGAGUUUUAUUUUUUCAAUUUAAACGCUUACCUUAAUGUCAUCAGGAAGCUGUUUUUGUAAAUGUCACCCAAGUUAGAGACUUAUUGCAUCCAUCACUGACAUUGCGCCCUCCAUCACGGAAAGUAGCAUUUCAUAAUUUUCUGCCAAAUUCUGCGUCAUUGGCGAAGCGCAAGCCUUCAAUAGGAGUGCCUCUAAGAAAGUCAUGUUUUGUUACCUGUAGUGUUGCACUUGUUUUUCUUCUUUUCUUAAUUUGAAUCACUUCAGAUGUGUCAAGUUAUAAAAAAAGAAAAAGUGCAUUCAAAGUCUUCCCAAUGGGCUUAAAUGCCUUGGGUUGAAAGACGUUUCGGUCAAGGCUGAUCUGUUUUGAACUUCCUGCAGCAGAUUUCAAGAUAUGCAACUGGCAACUUACAUCUGGUUUACAAUAGGUCUCCUAAAUUUGUUUGAAAUGCUGUAGGCCUAUAUGGCAGCGAUAUAAUGCUGAUCUUUUUCCCAUUAAAUGAAGGCAUUCUAAUGAAUAAAAUGCAGAUUUGCAGAAAAAAAAAAAAAACAACAACACAGUGGAUAAACACCAAGAAGAUUGUUUCUAUUUUAUGCUAAUUUCUGCACUUUCUUUGCUCUUGUCAUAGAUUAUUUUAUUCAUCCUGUUGCAAGAAGUCUUCAACUGCAUUUACAUUUAUUACAUUCUAUCUUAUUUAGUUUUUCAUCAGUGAGAAGACUUUUUGACUCCGGAUGAAUUAAUGAUGCCAUAUAAUAAUGCCUUAAACUUGAUUCAAGUCAAGUGUGUUAUCAGUCACGUAAUCACAAUGUGGGUUGCUGGCCCAAGUGGAGCACUUCUUUCUUAUUUGCACUUUUACGUGUCUCGUUGUGGCUACAGCCGUCCCACAGGGAGAAGCCCUUGAACAGUAUUUAACCAUUCUUCUUUGACUUUGUUUUUAUUUUAUUUGGUCCUCAAUCACUUCACGUCAUGACACCGUUUUCUACGUUUUGAAUGUACCAGAUUUAUUAGGUCAGUUUGCCACGUCGACAGUGCUGUGUAAAUGUGUAAUAUAAAGUACAGUAUUAUGUGAGGUGUUCUUGAAAUACCACGUCUCUCUCUUUAAAAGCCAAGUAGAAAAGUGCCACAGAAACCUUAAAGUGUUCAUAUUAUGCUCAUUUUCAGGUUCAUAAUUGUAUUUCGAGGUUAUAUCAGGAUAGGUUUACAUGGUUUAAUUUUCAAAAAACAACAUAUUUUUGUUGU